AAGGUAGAGAGGAAGGAGUGAAAGGAUGAUAGGUCCUCUGGAAGUUUAGUUUAGCAGAAGGGAGAGAUGAUAGAAGAGGAGAGCGUAGUGCGAGAUGGAGAGUGAAGAUUGCAAAGGCGCAUUACCAUCUGGGUAGGGGUUAAGUAGCAAGGGUUGGAAGAAAGUGAGACAGAAAAGGAAACAAAUUAGUAAUCAGAAACCUGGAUGAAGGUCGCAGUGAGAUUAGUAGGCAAACAGCCUCUAGUUAAGAUGAGGUGAAGCGUAUCACCUGCCUUGUGAGUGGAAGAGGACUGGGAAAGGGUUAGGUCAAAUGAGGCAAGGAGGGGAAAGAGAGAGUUGGAAAGAAAUUAAUCGAAGGUAGACGUCAGGGGGUUGAAGUCGCCAAGUACGAAGAGUGAUGAGCCAUCUUCAGGAAAUUAUCUUAUCAAGGUGUCAAUCUCUCUAAGGGCACCUGGUGGGCGAUAGAUGACAAUGUGAGUGGCUUGAGUGGACCAGUGACAGCAUGGAAUUCAAAUGAGGAGAUGGACAGGUGAGAGAGGGAGAAAAGAGAAUCUCAGUUCAGGAGAAAUUACAACCAGAUGCUCUCGGACUAUGAGAGAAAAAGUAAUCGGAUGAAGAGAGAGGAGCUGGAGUAGCAGUGUGCUCUAGGGUGAUUCAUGUCUCCGUCAGGGCCAAAAAGUCAAGGGAUUGAAAGGCAGCAUAGGCUGAGAUGAACUUGCCGUUCUUGCCCGUAGAUCGGCAGUUCCAAACGCUGCCAGGGACCAGGAAUUCCACAUGGGUACACUAAAUUAGAAGAGUUGCAGCCAAGGAGCGUCAGUAAAGCCUACAGGGAGAGGUGCGAACAGGUUUCCUUUUCCAGCCGAAUCACGGGGAUCUGGGCCUGGUCAGGUGUCUGCAGUAUAUCCCCCGCGUCCGACUCAUUGAAGAAGCACUCUUCGUCCAAUUUGAGGUGCUGAUAUGUGUACACGAUGAGCGGACUGGGGGACAACUCCAUGGAGCCUCUGAGCUCGGAAAACCGAAAACGCAAGCUCUCCACCUGCGACACGCCCAGUCUGGGGUGUGAGCGAAGGCGGCGGGAGCAGGAGAGUAAAUACAUUGAGGAGCUGGCCGAACUGAUCUCUGCCAAUCUCAGUGACAUCGACAGCUUCAACGUCAAGCCAGACAAGUGUGCUAUCCUCAAGGAGACGGUGCGCCAGAUCAGACAGAUCAAGGAGCAGGGCAAAGCGUCCUCCAACGAUGACGAUGUUCAGAAGUCAGACGUGUCCUCCACGGGACAGGGGGUCAUCGACAAGGACCACCUGGGGCCGCUCCUGCUGCAGGCCCUGGAUGGCUUUUUAUUUGUGGUGAACCGAGAGGGCAGCGUCGUGUUUGUGUCUGACAACGUGACCCAGUACCUGCAGUACAAACAGGAAGAGCUCAUCAGCACCUCCGUCUACAACAUCCUCCAUGAGGACGACAGGGAGGAGUUCCACAAGAACCUGCCCAAGACCAACGUGAAUGGGGUGUCCUGGGGGGGGGAGGCGCCCCGGCAGAAGAGCCACACCUUCACCUGCCGCAUGCUGGUCAAGUUUGGCCACACCCACGGGCCUGUAGAGGAGGGGCAUGGAGGACCACGCUACGAGACCAUGCAAUGCUUCGCCCUGACCCAGCCCAAGGCCAUGAUCGAAGACGGUGAAGACCUGCAGUCGUGUAUGAUCUGUGUGGCCCGUCGUGUGACUGCUGUGGAGAGAACAGAGAGCUUCAACACCCGACACGAGCUCACAGGUAAGCUGAUCCAGAUAGACCAGAACUCUCUGCGUGCGUCGAUGCGUCCUGGCUGGGAGGAUCUGCUGAGGCGCUGUAUCCAGAUGUUCCUCCAGCACAGCGACGGACAGCCCUGGUCCCACAAACGCCACUACCACGAGGCCUUCCUGCAGGGUCACGCUGAGACCCCCCUGUACCGCUUCUCCCUGUCAGACGGCACCCCUGUCACGGCCCAGACCAAGAGCAAGCUGUACCGCCACCCCAUGAGCAAUGAACCCCAGGGCUUCAUCUCCACCCACCUGCUACAGAGGGAGCAGAAUGGCUAUCGCUCUGCCCAGACUGGGGGCAUGAUGCCUGGGGCUAUGAGGCAGCAGGGCAUGGGGGGCCCCAACCCCAACGCCCAGAUGAACAUGCCCCCUGGCGCAGGGAUGGGGAUGGGGGGUAUGAACCGGGGCUAUGGGCCCAUGAAUGAACAGAGCCACAUGGGACAGAUGGGAGGGGGCUCAAUGUACGGAGGAAAUGGAGGUGGGGGUGGCGGUGGAGGCAUGGGCAACAGAAUGAUGCAGAUGAAUCAGAUGAAUCAAAUAAACCAUAUGGGCCAGAUGAACCAAAUGAAUCAGAUGGGUCAUCAGAUGAACCACCCGGGUCCAGGGAACCACCCAGGCAUGCAGCAUCCCCAGCACCCACAGCAGCACCCCUUCCAGAGCAGUGGGGGUUACGGACUUGGGGGUAUGAGCAGCCCCUUGGGGAGCCCCCGGAUGAGUGGCCCCCAGCAGGGGUUCCUGAUGUCCCCCCGAAAUCGAGGCAGCCCCAAGAUGGGCGCCAGUCAGUUCUCUCCUGGAGGCAUGCACUCCCCCAUUGGCCCUCAUGGAGGAGGUGGUGCGGGAGGAGGUGGCACCUCCUUUUCCAGCAGCUCCCUCAACGCCCUCCAGGCCAUCAGCGAGGGGGUCGGGAGCUCUCUCCCUUCGACCCUCGCCUCCCCCUCCCCGGCCCACAAACCAGACAGCUCCCCCAGCGUCCACUCCUCCUCUCAGUCCUCCCAGCCAAGCCAGCCGGCCAAACCAGGCCCUGACGGCUCCAAAAGCCCUCCUGGGCCCGGCGAGCACCACCACCCCCUCCACCACCACCACCACCACCCACACACCCAGACAGAGAGCUGCGGAGACAGGUUGGACAGCCAGGCCACGGCAGGCAGCAAGGAGCCUGGAGAGGGGGCCAGCGAAGCUGGGGUGGCCAGCUCAGAACCCACCCGGAGAGUCCCAGACAGUAAGGGCCAUAAGAAGCUGCUUCAGCUGCUGACCUCCCCCACUGAGGAGCUGGGGUUAGGGGGAACUGGUCCGGCCUUGCCCUCUAUACCUCCCCCACCAGGCAGCAGCAACAUCCCAGCAGGGUCCGACACUAAAGACCUCACAGGAGGCAUGACCAGCCCUUCCUCUACCGGAGUCUCCUCCUCUUCCUCGGCCUCCACCAUUCAGGGCCCGGCGUCCGUCCCAGGUGGAGCUGCUCUGGCCAAUGCUCUGGCCUCGGCCCACUACACGGCGUCGCUGCAGGAGAAGCACAAGAUCCUCCACAAGCUGCUGCAGAACAGCAACACGCCCGACGAGGUGGCCAAGAUCACAGCCGAGGCCACUGGGAAGGUGACCCUGGGGGGCCAGGAGGUCCCAGGCGAGACAGGGGCUGGGGGAGGAGGAGGAGCAGGAGGAGUGACUGAGCCCAAGCAGGAGCAGCACAGCCCCAAGAAGGAGAAGACUCACGCGCUCCUCCACUACCUCCUCAACAAGGACGACACUAAAGAGCCCGUGGACGUGAAGCCCAAGCCUGAGGAGCUGGAAGGAAAGGGCCCCCCAGGAGCCACUGCCGGUCCCCCAUCCAGAGGCCCUGGACCCACCCCUGAACAUCCAGAAAGCAAGAUCAAGUCAGAGCCGCCUGAUGAGUUGGAGAACCUGGAGUCCAUCCUGGGAGGUCUGAGAGGUUCUGGCUCUGAGUUCUACCCCGAGCAGGGAGGGGGAGGGGCUAAUGAAGGAGUGAACAAGGCCCAGGGUUGCCUCGAUGACAACCUGCAAGGGAGUCCGGGGAUGGCCCCUGGCCAACGAGGGCCCUUUCAGAGGGCCAUGUCAGUGGACGCCAAGCCCCCCGGCGGUCCUGGAGGGGCGGGGAGGCGCCCCAUGCUCAUCAAACAGGAGAAUAUGUUGAGCAGCCCAGACGGAUACCCAGGGAACAUGGGUGUGUGUCCGCGAGGCGUUGGAACAAGGCCGAUGAACAGGGGUAUGGGGGUUCCCCAGCGCUCUCCCAUGGGGGGGUCAGGGGAUUGGGGAAUGCCCCGCUCCAGCGCCAGCCCCGUGGGCUCAGCCGGUCACCCUUCUAUGAUCCGCCCUGGCAUGGACUACAACUCCAAAGGCAUGAUGGGAGGUCCCAUGGUGGGCAGGUCCAACAGUGUUCCUGGCACUAGAUCCAUGCUGCAGCAACAGCUGAUGGACCUGGGAUGUUCUGGUGAGAUGGGGAUGGGGAUGAGUCCGUUCAGUCAGCAGGGCCAGCCUAACCAGUCUCCCUCCUGGCCUGACAGUGUGAUGGGCAUGGAGGGCAACCACAACAGGCGUCAGUUUGGGAACGCCCUGGACGAGCUCCUUGCUCCGCCCACCACCAGCGAGGGCCAGAGUGACGAGCGGGCGCUGCUGGACCAGCUGGACUCUCUGCUCAACAACACGGAUGGCAUCGCCCUGGAGGAGAUCGACCGGGCCCUGGGCAUCCCCGACUUGGUCAGCCAGGGCCAGGGUCCAGAGCAGCACGGUGAGCCCUUCCCCGGCCAGGACCCCUCCAUGGUGCUGGAGCAGAAGCCUCUGUACGGCCAGGGCUACCCUGGCCCCCCCUCCAUGGCCAUGCAGUCAGCCUACGGGGGGAGCCCCAUGCAGGGCCAGCUCCAACAGGGGAGCUUUGGCCCCAUGCUCUCCCAGAUGGGCCAGGGGGGCAGCUUCGCGGGGAUGGGGGGUAUGGGUCACCCUCGCGCCAACAUGAUGAGACCCAGGAUGAUGAGCGCCACCAAACCCAUGAGGCUCCAGCUGCAACAGAGAUUACAGGGCCAACAGUUUAUGAGUCAGACUCGGCAGGGGAUGGCCAUGAAGAUGGAGAACCCUGGAGCGGUUAACCCUGGCAUGAGGCCUGGCAUGCAGCCUGGCAUGGGGGGACAGCCUGGCUUCCUGAAUGCCCAGAUGAUGGCCCAGCGUAGCAGGGAGAUGGUGACCAUGCAGAUGAGGAGACAGAGGAUGAUGAUGCUAAUGCAGCAGCAACAGCAGCAGGCGGCCGCCGCCGGGGGCUUCAGCCCCCCUCCCAACGUCACCGCCCCCGCCGGCAUGGACACCCCCAUGGGAGGCCCCAACAUGGGCCAGCCGGGCCCCCAGCAGUUUGGCUACGGGGGCAACUACGGUAUGACCCAGCAGGGUGACCCGUCGUUCGGCCCUGCGGGCGGCAGCCCCCCCAACACUAUGAUGUCAGGCCGCCUGGGUCCUCAGAAUCCCAUGAUGCAGCAGCAUCCCCAGGGCGGACCCAUGUACCAGGGUGCCGAGAUGAAGGGCUGGCCGCAGGGAGUCAUGGCCCGCAACAGUACGUACCCCCAGCAGCAGUUUGCCCAACAGGGUAACCCGGGGCAGCAGCAGUUUGCCCAACAGGGUAACCCGGGGCAGCAGCAGUUUGCCCAACAGGGUAACCCAGGGCAAUACGGGGGCAUUAUGAUAAAUGGGGGCAUGCCUGCCAAUGGAGGAGGGGGCCAUAUGGGACAGAUGGGGGGACAGAUGGGGAUGAACCCCAUGGUGAUGGGACGCAUGCCGAUGGGUCCUGAUCAGAAAUAUUGCUGAACCUGAGACCGAGGCGUGUGGUGGAACAGAAACAGACUCAAUGUGAUCCCUUUCAGAGAGAGGAGUGCAGUGCUCAGUGUGUACCAGACCAAACGUGCGCGUACGUGUGAGGGGUAUUCUACUCCCACCAGUUUGGGGUGCUGUUCCUCUGAACUCAAGGACAGUCUCACAAAACAAGACCGAGGACACACUCUAUUCUACAUGCACUUACAUGAGACACACCAUGACCCACCAACACACACACACACACACACACACACAAACUGACAGAUACACAACUGUUUCAUUCCUCCAUCAGUCUUUAGUGAUGUGGUUUCAUUAGACCUCUCUCUGGGUUCUAUGUCUCUGUACUGGACACACGCCACUUGCUGGACCAAACAGACUGAAGCUGGGGGGGACACACAGCUAAUAAUGAUCUGGCUCUGACAGACACGGACGGACGGACAGACAUGAGAAGACAUCCUCCCGUGGGAUGUAACUAACGUCAUGCUGUGUUCACCCCUGGGCAUGGGAAUUCUCUCUCUGCUUCGGAACACUGGAGGAAGAGAGUAUUUCCUAGUUCUGGUCCUGAAGGACCACUGUGUAUGCAGGCGUUGCAUCCCAUCCGGUCUCUGAAUCCACUCUUAAUGAAUGAUACAUAUGAUGUAGUCCCAUUGCUGGAGACGGUGGGAGUUGCUUGUAAUCACUGACACAGGGUCAGCUAUUUUCACAUCUCCUUAAUAGUUAAGAUUAGGGACCCUGAUCCUAGAUCUGUGGUCAUGGGCAACUUCUACCUCUAUAAGCUAAAUUACUAUACUGAUGAGCAGGCCUAUAGUCAAUGAAGAACUCAGAAGUAAGUCAUUGAGAGUCAGUAUACAUACACAGUGGUCCUGCAGGAGACUGGGUUAAGGUACGACAGAAAGAAAUACUAGUUGGCUGUGAUUGCACUUUACAGAAAGGCUGUCGUCAAAAGGAUUGUGGAAAUAUUUCUUGGUCAUAGAGGCCUUUACCCAAGAAUGAACGCAUAACAGAAAAUCUGGUUUUGCUUUUGUGUGUGUCGGGGGACGGGGACUAUUUUGAUUGGAAAUGGAUUACCGUGACGAUCAUUAUUCUAAAUGGUUAACCAAUGGAAAGGCAGUAAGCACAGAUUUUAUAGAACACUUUCUUCUGCAGUGUGCUGAUUAUGGGGAGGUUAGUGGAUUUAAAAGGUUCUGAUUAUUAAAGUAGAUCCUUAAAAUGGGCUGACUUAUUUCAGAGGUCACAAUUACCCUCGUAUUUAUACAACUAUUCAUAAAUGAUCAUUUGAAGAAAAGAAAAAAACAAUGAGUAUAUUGUAUUUUUAAGGAGGAAUUCGUAAGAUUUAUGUUGUUGGUUACCUCAUGGAACACUUAUUUAAUUCCUAAAGUAAUCCACACACUGUGAAAGAAAGGGUUUCCCUGAUUUUAGUGUAUGUUUAUGCAGAUUUCUAGCAAUAAUCUUUUCCCUUGGUUCUCCUGUGAGGGCAAAGUGAAGCAUCAUUUACUCAAAGUCAAAGCGAUGGUACUCCAGUAUUAGGAUGCGACUCGUCUCGUUUGGAUUUUUUUUUAUUUUGUCUGUGAAUAUAAAUUGUAUAUACGCUUCAAAUGUAUUAUAUAUAUAUAUAAAUAUAUGCUUUUGUAGGUCACAUACUGUUUUUGCACAGAUUGUCAGGCUCGAUAUUUAAAGUAUAAUUUUCUUAUUAUGUCGUAGGUCAAAACAGCUUUUAUUUUCAAUACUUCAACUAUGGGCAAAAAGCAAGGGGCUAUUUCUUUGAUCAAUACUGAAAUACUUUGGCUCGAUUUCUCUCAGAAAGCUACAACUGCCACUUUUGUUCUCUCAGAAAACACUUUUUUUAUUUGUGAUCUAUAGAUCAUACAUUUCUCUUUUUCAAAGACAUUGUGUAUAUUUAGAGAUGCUUGUGUGAUCCUGUCAUUUUCUGUUCAUUUAAAAAAAAGAGCAAUCAAACACACACAUUGCCUAAAAGAGGUUUCAUGUGAUUGUGUUAGACUUAUGAGGGUCCAUGUUUCUUACCAGUGUGUGGAUUGAUAUUUUUAGAUAAGGCCCUAUGAGUCCACUGGCUCAUAGUGCAAAAGGCGUCACUGCAGUACCUGGUUCAAAUCCAGGCUGUGUCACAUCCGGUUGUGAAUAGGGUGGCGCACAAUUGGUCCAGCGUCGUCCGGGUCUGGCUGGGUAGGCCGUCAUUGUAAAUAAGAGUUUUUCUUAACUGACUUACCUAGUUACAUAACGUUUAAAUAAAAAAAUAGUUCCAUUCCUUAUAAUUCCAUACUCUAUAAUUGGCCAGGCUACUUAACAGCGACUAUGUGCUCACGGGUAUGCUAUUGUAGACAACACAGAGCCAUUACAAUAUCAAGACUGCUUUUCUAGUUUUCUCCCUUUCCGUUGGGCACAGAUGCUGGUUUGUGGACAGUUUUUACUGUAUGUGGGCUUUUUAGUUACAGUCUUGAUCACUGCGGUUAGUUAUAUUUGUGGCUUCGCUUUUUCAAUAGGAAGAGUCAGCUCAUAUUUAGGGAGGCUGUACACUAGAGGGUUAUUUGGAUUCCCUCCCUCUCUCUGUCUAGUUUGAAGGUUAUUUUGGGACAUUUUACAUGGUUUUAUGUUGAACCUUGAUUUUGCAUUUACAUUGUAGUAUUGUCUGUGAAGCUUUGUGAGAAAUCUUUUAAGAAAUGCUCAAUCCAAAGAUUUUUGUUUUGUCAUUCUGCAGUGCUUAGAAACCGGUUGUAGAUGGUGCAAGUACUCUACUGGUGUGUUAAUUUCUCUGCUGUACCCUACACAUAAUCUGUUUUUCUUUGUGUGUGUGUAUUCCCAUUCAUACAUAACAUAGUUAACAUGGGUCUGAUUCUGCUGAAGUGAUUUUAAUCUUGUUUGUAAUUGUUGUUUGUUUUUCUUGAUUUUAAUCUCUUAUGUAUGGCCAGUUCAAAGUUGUGGUGCUGGAAACAGUUCUUUCGUGAGAUUGACCACUCAGAAAAGAAGCUAUUUUAGUGGCACUAACCUGAGGUAGAAGACUAGACCGUGUGGCGAUAAGAGACUAUCCCAUGGACUCUAAACUAUUUACAAUGGCUUCAAUGCUGAAGAUGGCUAUCUUAUCUUUUAACACAAUGGAGAAUGUCUUUAAGCUGUUUUAUGGAAACUUCAUUACAUCAUGGAAUAGCCUAGAGUGAAUUUUUUUUUUUGUUUCAGUCUUGAAGUAUAUUAAAAAAAAGAUUUGCCUACUGAAUAUUCAAAAUAACUGUUUUCUGUGCUUUUGCUUAAAAAAAAAAGAUUCCUCUUGACGUAUCUACCCUUUGAUUUAAAUGGAAAGGGGGGGGGAUAAAAUAACACAUGGGGGGUGGAGAUAUACGGUCAUAAUUUCAGGAUGUAAAUUACUGUUGCAUUUUUUUCUUACUUGUUACUUGAUGUUAAUAUUGAUGUAAAUACAAAUUUAUAUUUAAACAUUA